UCUUCUUCAAACCCAACAUUCAUCAUCUCUAACAAUGGCGUCUUCUCCGUUCUUGUUCUCUUCAUCUGCUCAACCAUCUUUCCGUCCCAAAGCUCUCCUUCUCCCAGUGUCAAAAGACCAAUCUACCCUCCAGUACACAACCGUCAUCAACCAACGCACACCUCUCGUCCCCGCUUCCGUCGUCUUCGACCUCGGUGGUCGAGAACUCUGGGUGGACUGCGACAAAGACUACGUCUCUUCCACUUACCAAUCUCCUCGUUGCAACUACGCCGAGUGCUCACGCGCCGGCUCCACCAGCUGCGGCACAUGUUUCUCUCCUCCCAGACCUGGCUGUAGACUUGCUAGCGGAACCGUCGGGAUGGGUCGUCACAACAUCGGUUUACCGCCGCAAUUCGCCGCCGCGUUUAGCUUCAGCCGGAAAUUUGCCGUCUGUCUAACUUCCGGCAAAGGUCUCCAAACGACGCCGCUUCUCAUCAAUCCUCAGAGUAUUUCAUCGGCGUGACGGCGAUUAAAAUCGUCGAGAAAAA